AGAAAAUAAAGUUUGAAGUUACAAGUGAAAAUAGCUUGCUCUCAGGAACUGAUAGGAUCACAUGCUCCACUUUCAUUGCUAUUAAUAGUUAAUAAUUUGUCCAAAACUCUGUUUAGUCUCUGUGGCAUUAGUAUGGUAAGUCAUAAUGACUUAACCGAGUUCACCUGCUUUAGAAGAUAGGGCUAGAGUAGAUUCUGCUUGAAGUAGUAGCAUCAACAUCUCUAAUAUUUUAAACUUCUUGCUUGUAACUGGUUGUAAUCUAAAAAGUAAGACCUGCUUUCUUGCCAGUUUUCUCAUUCCUAACUUGUUAUAUAGCCAUACUAGUUUACUAUGUGUAGCUGGUUUGUUUUACUAAUAGUACUUAUCUGGGAAGGGGGAAAAAAAAAGUUAGUCUGAUUUACUUCCCUUUUGCCCUCUGAGUUGCAGCAUGGUUCAGUAAUUACAAAAGGUUUUUCUGGGACUUGGGGAACUUGGUUUUAAUUUUCUGCUCUAUAGCAGACUCCCUGGUAUGUAUUUCUACUCUGCCAGUUUUCUGUUUGUGAAAUGGCGGUUACCGCUUCCUUUGACGCAAGGUUGUUUGUAAGGAGGUGCCUAGAUAGUAUGUUGAUGGAGGUCUAUUGAAUGUACCUAAAAUAAGUUGUGAGUGGGGUUCGUACUUGUCCUUGCCAUGUGUCAUUUGUAGGGUAUGUACAAUGUAUAUUGUGUACUGCUGUCCCCUUGUGACGCUCCCAUGCUUAAAGGCCACUAUCAGAACAUCUCAUCACCUUACGCAGCAUCGAUGAAGCUUACUGCAGUGGUACCAAGGUUUCAUUGAGGCUGUCCAGUUCUGAAAAUGAUGGUCAGAUACAUACUUCUGUUACAGGCUUAUGGGGCAGCAGUAUGGCCUCUGCUUCAUAUUCCACAUCCUCUGGAGAUAGGUAGGGCUCUGUGCAAAGGUAAAUUUUGUUGCCCUGAUUUAGGGAGUCCCUAUGCUCCCUUGUAUUUUGACCAGCUCAGAAUUUGUCUUUUCCUGCCCUUCUACUCUGCACGUUUACUGUAUCACUGAUACAGUUGAUUUGCAAGGGAAAAAUGAUGUUCUAAAAGACUGUCAUUGUCUCCUUCUCAUGACAAAGUAACUAAUCCAGCUGUGUCCUCUGUAGGAACAUGGAAGCUGGUUUGUAAGCUAAGGAGCAAUGGUAGCUCUCUCAACUAUCUAGUGUCUGCUUGUGUUCUAGCUGAAAUAUGUGCUGCUUCUCAAUUGCUUUUAAGUUCUCAUAAACAUUCUUACUACUUUUUUCAAGCAAUUACAUACCUAGUUCUUUCACUUUAUACAUCCCUUCCUACUUUGAUAUAAGUGUUUUGCAGGUUUCCUGAAGAAGGAAGGACAUUUGAAGUUUGAGCCCAGUAAUACUUGCAACAAAGCUGCUAAUAAAAGCUUGCAUGAAUCUGAGGCCAGUCUAUGGUACCUAGAUUGGAAAUGCGGUGGGCUCCAAAAAGUGAAACUAGAACCUAGCUUCCUCAAAAAAAAAAAAAAACCCAACAAAUGCUAUAUGAGUCUGUGAAACAGAAGGGCUCUGGAAGAGGUGAAGCAAACUUAAGAAAGAUCACUUAAUGCAAAUGCCUUUGCCUUAGUCUUCAAAAACCAAUGUUAUGAUUUGAAACAGUCAGCAUGGACUUUUCACGCCUACACACGUACACUCCUCCCCAAUGUGUGCCAGAGAACACUGGCUAUACAUAUGCACUCAGUUCAAGUUAUUCUUCGGCUGCUUUGGAUUUUGAGACAGAGCACAAAUUGGAUCCGGUAUUUGAUUCACCAAGAAUGUCACGGCGUAGUUUGCGGUUAGCUGCUGCAGGAUUUCAUAAAUCGGAUGAUGCCCGAAGUGAUAUCCUUCAUGAUGGCUCUUACGCUGGAAAUGUGUCUUUCAGAGAACAGUCUAAGAUGGUGAAGCAACGCAAAAGUAUGAAUAAACAAUCUGGCACUGUGAGACAUACACCAAGGAAAAAUCUAUCCAGCUCUUCUAUUUUUAGCCAAAGUAGUUUCAAUAGCCAUGCCAGUGAUACAUCAAUGACAUCCACUGUAUUGGAUGAAUCUUUGAUUCGAGAGCAGACUGAAGUUGAUCAUUUCUGGGGUCUUGAUGAUGAUGGUGACCCUAAAGGUAGUGAUACUACACUGAUGCAGGGAAAUGGUGAUGUAGCAACAGCGGAAAUGCAGACUGCAGUGAUCAAUGGCUAUACUUGCAACGAUUGCAGCAUGCUUUCUGAACGGAAGGAGGUUCUUACAGCAUACUCUGCUUCUCACGUGCCAUCUUCCAGAAUUUACUCGAGGGAUAGGAGUCAGAAGCAUGCAUCUAGAGGUGCCUCUUUCUACAUGAAUAAGAUUCUGCGAUUGGUCAAACAUGCUGCAGCAUCUUUUGCAUCACUCUUAGUGCAUCUAGUUCAAAUGGUUCUGCUGAAGCUGGGUUAUGAGUUUAAAGCUCACUCAGAUUACUGUGGAAGCAUGAACGUAAAGGAGAUUUUCAGAGACAAUAGCCGUCUUGGUGUACAUGAGGAAUCAAUAUGUGAUGACUGUAAGGGGAAGAAACAUCUUGAAACAUACACCACAGACCACAUGCAAUCCUCAUGGGCUAAAAGGGUAGCAAGGACCAUUUGGCACACCUUUUCUUAUGCAGGUUACUUUAUGGUUCACAUGUUGCGAACAGUGGGAGCAACUGGAUGGCUUGUGUCUCAGAAGGUGUUGUCUCUACUUUGGCUGCCCAUUGUUUCUUCAGGGAGGGCAGCUUCUGGCAUGUUCUGGUGGCUUAGAACUGGAUGGUAUCAACUUGUUGCUCUAAUGUCUUUGCUCAGUGCGCUGCUUCUUAGAUGCCUUCCAAAGAUUUUCAAGCUAUUACUGUUUCUCAUCCCGCUGCUGUUUUUACUAGGUAUGUGGUCCUGGGGAUUUGAUGGCUUCGUUUCACUACUACCCUCAUUGAACUGGACAAGAAUUCACAGAGUACAGAGAAUAGAUGAUGCUAUUCAUAUUCUCAAACCACAGCCUGAUUCUUCUCAUUCUGUGCAGCCUCCAAAGGGUACCAUAAAUAUCUUUGAUUCUGGUCGUGUAACUGAGCUGGAAAAGCAAAUGGCCUUCGUGUCUGACAGAUGCCAUCACCGUGAUGAAGAAUAUAGGAAAGUGAUGCUUCUACUCCAGAAUCUUCAAGAUCAAGUUGCCCAGAUGAGUGACAGAAGUGAAAUAUUGACACUAAUAAAAAAUGUGAUGAGUCAGCAUCUCACAGAUAUGAAAGAGGAGGAAAAGACUAACUUCCUGGCUUUACAUCAAGAACAUGAGAUGCGCAUCAUGACACUGGGAGACCUUCUUGGAAAACUUUCUGCUAAAUCUGAGGACAUCCAGAAGGAGCUUGACAUAGCCAAAGCAAAAACAAUGCGAGAUGGUGAUGAACAUAAUCACCUUUUAUCCAAAGUUAAAAAGCUGGAACUAGAGUUGUCUCAGAUGAAAUCGGAGCUGUUAAAUUGGCAAAGUGUGAAGACAAGCUGUGACAAAAUAGAUGUCAUUCAUGAGAAAGUAGAUGCCCAGGUCAAAGAAUCCAUCAAGCUAAUGUUUUUCGGUGAUCGCCAGGAAGACUUUCCUGAAUCACUUCUCCAAUGGCUUGCAUCCAAUUUUGUGAGCAAAAGUGAUUUGCAGACUUUGCUGCAGGAUCUAGAGUUGCAGAUCCUCAAGAACAUUACUCUCCAUAUGUCGUCUACAAACCAAAAACUAACGUCUGAAGUAGUAACAAAUGCUGUGAAUAACGUAGGGGUUUCUGGAAUCACGGAAGCGCAAGCACGCAUUAUUGUAAACAAUGCGUUGAAGCUCUAUUCUCAAGACAAGACUGGCAUGGUGGAUUUCGCCUUAGAAUCUGGAGGUGGCAGUAUUCUGAGUACUCGCUGUUCUGAAACCUAUGAGACUAAAACAGCAUUAAUUAGCCUCUUUGGAAUUCCUCUGUGGUACUUCUCUCAGUCUCCCAGAGUGGUGAUUCAGCCGGACAUGUAUCCAGGAAACUGCUGGGCUUUCAAAGGAUCACAAGGGUAUCUUGUAGUUAGACUUUCAAUGAAGAUCUACCCAACUGCCUUUACAGUGGAACAUAUACCAAAAACACUUUCGCCAACAGGAAAUAUCACCAGUGCUCCUAAGAACUUUUCAGUAUAUGGUCUAGAUGAUGAAUAUCAAGAAGAAGGUGUGCUUCUUGGACAUUACUUUUAUGACCAAGGAGGAGAGCCACUGCAGAUGUUUCCAGUAAAGGAGGAAAAUGAAAACGUAUUCCAAAUAGUGGAACUGAGAAUUGUUUCUAACUGGGGACAUGCAGAAUAUACAUGUCUCUAUCGGUUCAGAGUGCAUGGGAAACCAGCUGAAUAAUCUCCUACACUACAGCUCUUUUUUUUUCUCUCUUGUUGUACAUUUUAUUUGCAAUUUGUAUAUACUGGAAAACCUAGAACACUGGAAUCUUUAAAGGAUGAGAUUGUGAGAUGUAUACUGCAGAAUUACUGAUCCUCUGAUAAAGGCAGAAGACUGUCAGCAGAACUGUAUUAACAUAACUUUUUAUUUGCUCUGGUGCUCAGUUUGUAAUUGCCAGUUAGCUUUAUAUUUUUGUGUCCAUGCUGAGAAAAAUAUUGCAUGCAAACUGCUCUGGUUCAUAAAGCCCAGUUAGCAAACAGGUGAUACCUAUUUUAUUACAAAUGAAUGUAUAGGUUUUUUAAAAGAAUAAACCACCUUUUCUGCAACUAGGAAUCUGUUUUUUUAAUCCAGGAUUCAGCUGCAUACUUCUGUUAGCUUGGCACCGGGAGCCAAAAACUGUGGUACACUUUUAAGCACUGACUGUGGCUAGAGGUGUGCUUCAGAUAACCCUUGUCUUUGGCCUUCUUGGUGGAUCUGAAAGGGCUUAUUUAAAUAAAUGUUGAAUAUGAUAAAUAUUACUGUCAGGGAUAGUUAAUACAACCAAAACUAGUUUAAACACCAGCAAAUGAGAAUGCUUCACUGUAACUUGUGGCCAUGAGUUCACCUAAACGUCAGGGGUAAUUUUAACUGAAAUUAUUUUAAGGGGUUUUUACCAUAGCAACUUGUUUAAUUGCUGCAUACUAAUAUUUACUAAGCAAUUUAACAGGCUUAACAUCUCCAGUCCAGCUAGUCAGCGCAUCAAGCCUGAUUUGGAACCAGCACUGGGGAGAGGUACAAUCUUCACUUGCCAAAAACGAUCUUUUUAGGAAAAAACUCAUUAGGCUGGUUCAUUUUUAUAGUCAGUAAAUGUUGUGCUGUGAUGAUGCGGUAUGUGAAAAUAAGACUAUGAAGUAAGCCUUACUACUCUGCAUUUACAAGAGAGUUAUGCUCAAUAUUGUUUGUUUAAACUUUUAGCAUUUUUAAAUCAUUCCCGGAAGAUUUAGUUAUAAGAACAUUAGAGUGACUUGCUCUCACAAGCAGCGUUUUCAUGCAGAACUGAACUGGACCUUAUGUUGAGGUUACGACUGCUUAUUGCUCCCCUCAGGAUUGCUACUUUGAAGUUCCCUUUCAGAAAAGAUUCCUAAAAUGUACUUGUAUGCAGGAAUUUUAUCUUGCUGUUAUAUAAUUAGUCAACUUAGUUACACAUGAACUGUUAACACAUUGAACUGCUGACUGGUUUUCUGAAUAGAGUAAUGUAUGUUGCACAACAGUCCUCGAAUGUUUAAAAAAGUCUCCAUGUGAACAACGCUUUCACUUGAGCUAGAAACAGAACCUAUGGCCUAUGCAGAGGAGUUAGAUUAAACAUGUACAGGUGUUUUCAUAUUAUAGGUUACAUAUUUAAAAUUAGAAUUAUCCUGUAUAAAUUGAAAUUACAUGCUUGGGGUGGGAAUAUUUUGAAUAACACUAACUUAUUUUUAAAAAAGCGAGAUAGGACUUUGUGCAAUGUAUUUUUGUAAAUGCUUUUCAAAAUGUCUGUUGUUCUUUGCUGCCUACAAACGGACGAGAUGCUAUUGAGAUGUUUAAAUAAAGAGUUUUAAUUUUUGAAA